AUGUCUUCGGCGCCCGAGAAGCAGCAGCCACCGCACGGCGGCGGCGGCGGCGGCGGCGGCGGCGGGGGAGGCGGCGCGGCCAUGGACCCCGCGUCGUCCGGCCCGUCCAAGGCCAAGAAGACCAACGCCGGCAUCCGGCGCCCCGAGAAGCCGCCCUACUCGUACAUCGCGCUCAUCGUCAUGGCCAUCCAGAGCUCGCCCACCAAGCGCCUGACGCUCAGCGAGAUCUACCAGUUCCUGCAGAGCCGCUUCCCUUUCUUCCGCGGCUCCUACCAGGGCUGGAAGAACUCCGUGCGCCACAACCUCUCACUCAACGAGUGCUUCAUCAAGCUGCCCAAGGGCCUCGGGCGGCCUGGCAAGGGCCACUACUGGACCAUCGACCCGGCCAGCGAGUUCAUGUUCGAGGAGGGCUCCUUUCGGCGGCGGCCGCGCGGCUUCCGAAGGAAAUGCCAGGCGCUCAAGCCCAUGUACAGCAUGAUGAACGGGCUCGGCUUCAACCACCUCCCGGACACCUACGGCUUCCAGAGCUCCGCCGGCGGCCUCUCGUGCCCGCCCAACAGCCUGGCGCUGGAGGGUGGCCUGGGCAUGAUGAACGGCCACUUGCCGGGCAACGUGGACGGCAUGGCUUUGCCCAGUCACUCGGUGCCACACCUGCCCACCAACGGUGGCCACUCGUACAUGGGCAGCUGUGGCGGUGCAGCGGCCGGUGAGUACCCGCACCACGACAGCUCGGUGCCUGCCUCCCCGCUGCUGCCUGCGGCCGCCAGUGGAGUCAUGGAGCCGCACGCAGUCUACUCGGGCUCCACGGCCGCCUGGCCGCCCUCGGCCUCCGCAGCCCUCAACAGCGGCGCCUCCUACAUCAAGCAGCAGCCCCUGUCCCCCUGCAACCCCGCGGCCAACCCCCUGUCUGGCAGUCUCUCCACACACUCCCUGGACCAGCCGUAUCUACACCAGAACAGUCACAACGCCCCCGCUGAGUUGCAAGGCAUCCCGAGGUAUCACUCCCAGUCCCCCGGCAUGUGUGACCGCAAGGAGUUCGUCUUCUCCUUCAACACCAUGGCGUCCUCGUCCAUGCACUCGGCCGGCAGUGGCUCCUACUACCACCAGCAGGUCACCUACCAAGAUAUCAAGCCCUGCGUGAUGUGAGGCCGCCGCUGGCGGGACCCUCCAGGCACGGGCGGCCUGGCGCAGGGACCCGGAACCCAUCGCAAGAAACUGCUUUAUUCUUGAGGUAUAACCGUAGGCAGAAGACAAGGGUUUGACCCCUACCCACCCGGAUUAUUUGGAAAGGAAUCCCCAAGGCAAAGACCCAGCAUGGUGGUCAGAAUCUCCUCCCCCACUCCUUCAAAAAAUUAACAAAUGGUGGCUGUGGGGCCUGGUCUGACUGCAGCUGUUGGUAAAUAAAGUAUCUAUUUUUGAUCCAGUUGAAGCCCGCUGAGAAGGUGCUGUAUUGGCGGAAACCUCAACAUCUAAACAAGAAUUCUGCUGAGGCCUCUCCCCACCUUCCCUCCAAUGGCAAAAGUGGGGGAAGGUUUUCAGAAGAAAGGCAAACAUGUGAGACCAUCAUUAUCAAAUACUUUUAUUUUUUGGUUGAGUAUUUAUCUUUUAAUUUUUAAUUUUU